AUGCCUGAAAAACGUUUGCGUGUAACUGUCACCUUGGAGUUGGGGGCAAACAUUUCUGGCAUCAUGGGAAGCUUGAUUCAUUUCACUCCGCUGUCGAAGAAUGAUGACUUCCACAUUGCUGAUGAAACAAAAGAGGACAUUUGCACAGCAAAACAUUGCGUUCCUCACAGGAAAUUUGCAAUGACUUUAUUUGAACAGUGUGUUUGUACCCGAUGUGGCGUAACAUCUGAUCCUCUGCCUUUUAUCCAGAUGGUAAACUAUAUUUCUACAACUGCUUUGUGUAAUCAAGCAAUACGUAUGAUGGAAAGACGUGAGAAACCAACGCCUGACAUGUUUGGGGAGCUUCUGCAGAAUGCAAGCACAAUGGGCGAUCUUAGGAACUGUCCAAGCAACUGUGGUGAGAAGAUCAGAAUCCGCAAAGUGUUAAUGAACUCGCCGGAGAUAAUCACUAUUGGUCUGGUCUGGGAUUCUGAUCAUUCUGAUCUUGCUGAAGAUGUUAUCCAUAGUCUAGGAACGUGCCUCAAGUUGGGAGAUCUUUUCUAUCGGGUGACAGAUGAUAAAGCUAAACACACCGAGCUCUAUUUGGUGGGGAUGGUGUGUUACUAUGGUAAACACUAUUCUACCUUCUUUUUCCAAACAAAAAUUCGCAAGUGGAUGUAUUUUGAUGAUGCCCAUGUGAAAGAGAUUGGACCCAAGUGGAAGGACGUAGUGACCAGAUGCAUUAAGAGCCACUAUCAACCGUUACUACUACUAUAUGCAGAUCCAAGAGGCACUCCUGUAUCUGUGCAGGAUCUGUCCCUAGCAGAUUCUCAUCAGUACAGGACCUGUUAUGACAGUGAAGAUUCAGGAAGAGAACCAUCUAUAUCGAGUGACAGCAGGACAGAUUCUUCUAAUGACAGCUACCAUUACAAACACAGUCAUCAUGAGUCUGCGGUCAGCUGUUUCUCCUCUGACUCAACGGGUACAGUGAUUUAUAACAUGGAGAAUGAUACAGCCUCCCAAAGCAGCAGGGAUACAGGGAUUUCGGUGGAAAGAAGACGGAGUUCCAGCCGACCAAGGCACCCUGAUAAUCGAGGGAAGACUGAGAAAUCCGAUGAAGUUCCAUCCUGUGGUUAUCAUAGUGAAGGUGAAACGCUGAAAGAGAAGCAAGCCCCAAGAACUGGACCAAAACCACCUACUAGUAGAUUAAAGGACUUCAGAGAAACCAUGAGCAAUAUAAUUCAUAAUCGACCUUCCCAUAACCAAGACCCAAGUAACAGCAAAUCAUUGCCAGCAAAAAUGACAGAGCCUGUAGAUAAUGACGGUCUUCGAAUGUCAGGUGGACAGUCACGAGACUGGGAAACAGAAAGCACCAGCAGUGAAUCCAAAUCAAGCUCAUCGAGCAGGUCAAAAACCUACCUGUGGAAACCCAAACGAGAGGUUCUCAAUAUUGACAGCAUUUUCGCAAAAGAGAAAAGGAGGGUUCCACGUUACAUGCAGUUAAAUACAACAUCCGAGGAUGACGCAAAAGAUUGUAACCACAAUAAGACUGAAAGUUCAGUUGGAGUUGGAAGUGCUGCUUUAACACUGGACAACACAAAGAAUGAAGGAAAAGGGGUAAACAUAAGUAAUGACAGAUAUGAAAAGGCUGGGUAUCCUGGUAAAAGUGUGCAACAAACAGGAAUCCACAGUUCGGGAGAAAAUGAAUGUUUCAUUCAGAGAAUGGAGUCUGGCUACGAGAGCAGUGAGCGCAAUAGCAACAGUCCAAUAAGUUUGGAUACUUCAGUUACUGAUGGGAUUCCUGGUGGAGUACAAAACUCGAGUACCAAUCCUUUCAGGGAAGCAAAUGCCAAGAAACCCAUCAGUUCUGGUCCUUCAUGGAAAACUGUUCCCAAGUCAAAGAGUAGCAAUGCUUUACAGCAGGAAUUGACAGCAGCCUCGAAGAGCUGGCUGAACAUGCAGCAAAGUUUCAGUGAAAACUACAGUCAUCCUGUGCGAAGUGAAUUGGAUGAGUUGGAAGAGGAGAUUAAAAGGAAAACUAAAGAAGAGGAACUAAGAAGAAAGAAACUGAGGGAAAGGGAAGCAACUAUGGUAUUCAAUCCCCGACCAAGCAAAUUCAUGGAUUUAGAUGAGCUACAAAAUCAAGGGAAGACAGACAAGUUUGAGAGGUCAUUGCAGGAGGUAGACUCUCUAUUAGAACAGUCUUUCCGUCUUGAACAAAAGGAUGACUUGGCUGCAGCGCUCAGUCUCUGCAAUGAAGCUGUGUCUAAACUAAGACUUGCUAUGCAUGAAGGCAGUGCCAUCACACACACCAAAGCCCUUGCUGAUAAGAAGCUCCAUGUUUGCAUGAAGAAGGUUCGAAGUCUGCAGGAGCGCAUGCAACAAUCCAUCCACUCCCCUCCACUGGGGAUCCCCGUGACUGAAUGCAAAAGUGUGCAGGCUAGCCAGGUCCAAGUACUGCUAAUAUCAGAGAGAGCAAUGGAACCCAUCGGUGAACCAGAUAACAGGCCCAAAUCUUCCCUAGUCCUGUCAGCCUCCCAUCAUCAACUUACUCAACAUGCAUCCAGGUUACAUGAUUCUCAAUCGGAUUUGCAUGGCAAAGUUUCCACUUCAUUGGCUUCUGAACUGAAGCAAAACUUGUCUGCCAGAUGUACCACCGAGCUUCCAUCUCCAAACAACUGCAGUUGGGUUCCAGCUUUUCUCCCUGGGGAGAAGGUGAAAGAGACCUCUGCAAUACCCAAACAUCAGCUGAAGAAUAUUGAUGAACCAGUAAAAGGGAAGGAGAAAUUGGACUGCUCAGUAUUCAACCAUAAACCAACAAUAAACAAACAUGGUUCCUUGCCAUUGCUUACAGCUGAAUAUAGAGACAUGAAUUACACAUUUCCAUCGCCAUCACUCCACAUGCAAGUGUUAACUCAAAAAGAUGAAAUAGGUGUCUAUUCAAACAGCAGUACUUAUUCUUCUCAAUACUGUAAUUCAAGUCAACUUAAUGCAACAGAUACCAAAAUUUCUCCAUGUACAGCUUCGUUAUCCACAAGCUUGAACUGGUCCCCUGCCGAAUCUCCUCCUUAUCAGUCAAAUAGAAGUGAUUUAGGAUUGGAUUUGAAUUCAACGGAGUUUGACAGUGCCUGUUCAUCCAAGACCAAAACAGCAGUUGACAGAGUUAAUGUAAAGUCAAUGUCACAACAGUUACAAAGGCUAAAUGUUAAGUUGGGUCAGAGAAGUGAAGAAGGUAAUUACAGCAGUACAUGUUCAGAUCUUCCACCAAAGAAAUUUGAUCAAGAAAUAUCCCAGCCACCUCUGACUUUGGAUCAAAAGGUGAGAGCUCUUCAAGGUAAUGAUCAGUUGGGCAGUGCACAAUGGUCUUCUGAAGGCUUGUAUUCUCCCCAGGUUUCUCACAGACCUUUGGACUAUAAAGCUGAGGUAUCUGUUACUCCAUCUAUAUCUACUUACCUAGCAAACACCAAAGCUGCUGCAAGAGAAGUAUACCGUUACUCCAGAGACUCAGGUUUUCCACCUGAUGCUCAGACAGAUGAGACAUGUGGACAGAGAUACCAAAGUGCUGUCCAAUCAUUUUUUAGGGAAACUAGUCCCAAGGACAGGUCUGUACCAGUGAGGCAGCAAAAUGAGCUUUCUACCAGUACAACUUCUGUGCCUGUAGAUAGAAGGUUCGGUGGUGAUAGAGAACAUUAUAUUCCACAGUCAGAUUACAAAAACAAUGAACAGCGUCACCUGCAUGGUAAUCUGCGCAGCCAAGAAAAUAACACACGAGCUCAUGGAAAGCAAGAAAUACAACCAUUUAAGGAUACAAAUCAGAAUAUGGAACUGGAGUUUUCAGAGCUGGAAUCGCUCUAUCAAGCAAGUCUGCAGGCUUCUGAGAAUACCAGAUAUUCACCAGGGAGACCGUUGGCUGAGAACACUUCCAGACAAAGCAACACUAAACCAGUUUCCGCACAUACACUUACAAGAAAACACUUCUCUCUGCCUGGAAGAGGUCAGUCAAAAACUCCAACCGCAGAGAUUGAGCGCAGUGCUUAUGCAGCAGUAUCUUGUGGAGCACCUGUACCAGUUAGUACAAAGAUGCACUUCAGUGAAUUUGCUGCAAGAGAUAUUGAGGAAAAUGAUGAUUACAGUGCAGAGAAUUUCCGUCGGAUUGCUCGCAGCCUGAGUGGAACUAUUCUUGCUAACAGAGAUAAUCCUGUGGUUCCUUCUCAGAGUGUUGAAACAACAACCCUGAGAAGAUGCAUGGAGCCUCAAAAAAGAUCGGUCAGUUCUUCUUCCUUGACCACAUCCCAAGCUUCCUCCCAUGAUCCUCAUGUGUUAACCUCUUUCCUUCAACACCAUUCCAACCUAUCACAGCACCUUUCGUCUGAUCCAUUGUGGCCAAGCAAGGCUGGUGGGGCAAAUAGAGCAUCAGAUGAGAACAUCGAAAAAUUUCUGGCUGUGUUUGACCGGGGUGAAGCUCUCAACCAUGAGAACUACCAGAGUGUUGCAGUGAAUUAUGGUACACUGCCACGCUUUCAGAAGAAUUGGACCAAAGGACAGAGACCAAUCAGAAAAGAUCAGAUGCAUGGUGCAAAUAAGAAUGCCAUUCAGCAGAGACUGGCUCACAACAACCAAGCUGUUCUGCCAGACAAAAGAAAAGUGGAGCAACUUUGCAGAGAUCCAUCCAAUAUAACAACAUUGAGCAGAAAUCUGCAACAGACUCUGACUGAGAUGCCUGAUAAUCAUGGUUGUUCUAAUCAUUUUGCUGUGCAUUAUAGACCUGCACAUGGUACUGUCCAAAACACUCUUCCAAAAAACAGCAACAUUACAAAGACCUUAGAUCUUCAAAAAUCCUCUUAUAACAAGUCUUCACACUUGAGUACUGCAGGUCCAGUUCGCCUUGAUGUUCCUCCAGAUGAAGAUUGGAGGAAAACAACCUAUACCCAUCCUCGGGCCAGUGAGAGAGUGCAUUUGGCUCUUCAUACUACUGCAAGGACCAGCAGUACUGAUAUGUAUUCAAGGCAGCCACCUGCUGGUCGAUCAGUGACCCAACAGACCACUCCACAGCCAGGCACCAGGAGGCGUCAGUGCGCUUUAUGCCAGCAGGUGUUCAUCAGCACAACCAUGGUCUAUUGUAGGAACUGUAGUGCGUACAUGGGGCGGUUUAAACCUCAGCACUGACCUUUGUGAUUACGAUCAACCAAAAUCAAAGGCUGUCUUAAAAGCAAUUUAUCUUUAAAGUAGGCUAAUGCUUAGGUUGAACACUGGUACAACUGCUAACUGAGUAGGUUAACACUGUAAAACUGAUCUUUUAUCAACUGUAAUGUUGAAAAUUGAUAGUGCACAUUUAAAUGGUUAGAAUAAGAAAAAUUGAUGAAGGCUAAAGGUCGAAUGUAUUUAAAUUAUAAAAUUGACUCUUUCUGUUACUAGUUAGAAAUUGUGUUUAGAGUUUUGAUGCUGGAUCUAAAAGCUGCACUGCUCUCCUUUGGGUAUACUGAAUUGAUUUUUACUGUAUCACAAUCCUAGCCACUUCAUUAGUUUGGAUCUUUUCACUGAUCAAAAAUGUGCAGUACUUUGUACUGCAGUAUAAUGAUCGAAAUGACAUUGUGAUUUACAUGUCAGUUUGCAAAUAGACAUUUUCUGAUGUCAUUGUCGUAAAAAGACAAUUUAAUAACCCAUUGAACUCACUCCAAAUCUAUCAAGUUCAAUGAAAAGAACAACUGGGGGGCCACUUUAAUAUUUUGUUUUAACCAAUAGUACAAAUUCUCUUUAAGACUCUGAUUCCAGCAUGUCAAAAGUUACUAAGGUGAUUUUAAAUAUAUGUAGCAGGAUCCUAGCUAAUGGAUAUUUAUUUAACAUGUUUUGCUGUAAUUUCUCUCUUUACUAUUUUAGCAGAGGUGUUCACCCAUUUAAUGCAAUAAGGUAUCGCUUCCACUAAAAAGAGUGGGGAGAAGAAUUGCAUAGGGCCAUGGAGCUUCUGUAACUAGUGUCUUGGCUGAUCUGCCUCUGGACCCCAUUAAUAAUUUUUAAUGAAGUGCAGUAACUGCAUGGGCAAUUAUUGCCAGCUUCACAUGCAGAAACUUUCCUUUUGUCUAUUCCUGAUCUUGAAAGAGGUUAAAAGACCAAUGUUAUACAAUGAUUCAGCUUACAGUGUAAGUUUGAUACGAUUGUGGUUGGUUGCAGUUUGAGAUGGUGUUUGUACUAACCACCUGUGAACAAUUAGUUUUUCUAUAGCACACAUAACUGAGGUAAAACAUGUCUAUUAUUACUGCCCACGUGGAAGACACCUUGACACUUUACUGACCGUCCCAUACAUAUGUAUAUGAUUAAAAUGAUCUUUGAUUGUAGGUCUGAUGUGAGAGGCAGUGUAAAGAUACUGUUUCACUGAGGGCCAUUGGAGAUGAAAAGCUGCUGUAAAAAUAAAUGAAGGAUGCAGAUUAAAAUAUUAUUGAAGAAGUAUAUAUAUACCCAGUCACUGGGUACAAGUGUGAUGGUGUGACAAAUGGAGAAAAAUUAGUUUUGAUGUCUAAAUAUUGAAUAGUUAGAAGGAUGUUACAGGGCACCCAGACAGAUAUUUAGACGAAUUGGUCCAGAGGAAAGCUUCAGCUGUGGGUACAAGUUCUGAACUUUGCCUUUAAUUUCCUUCUUCUGUUAUUUUUAUAAUGUUUAUGAUUCUGAUUUUUAUUUGUGGCAGUCUGUAAAAUUCAUCGUGACUUCCAGACUGCUGAAAACCCAUGGGAAAUGCCACCAGUAACUACUGUUGUAAUAUCUGCAGCUUCAUGAUCUUGACUAUGCCACUGGUGAAUGAGUACUGAGAGGUUCUGCAUUAAGUACCAGGCCAUCCACACCGUUGUGUAUAUCCUAUAAGAUCUCCUGAUGAUAAAUUUAUAGGUGUACAAAUGUAGGUUAAGAGAUUUUAUUGUAGAAAACUGUUUACAGAUUUGUACUGUAAUUUCAUACUUGUCUGCUUAGUAAAAGCUUGAUAUUCUUGCUAAUGUAUUACUGUUAAAAUGUGUACAGCUUUUACAGCCAAUGAGAUGUGAAUUGGAAAAUUUCUGUAUCUAUUGCAGUGCUAGAAAAUGCAACUCAUAUUUUUGCAAUAAAGUAUCCAAAUGUGCUAAUA